CUAUUAUCUCUCGCGCCAACGAAAAAGAUCUCAUCUUUCCUUCUUCACUCAUCACACCCUCCUCUGUUUUCCACUCCGAUCACCGCCAUGGCUGCCGCCGUCAGUGCUGCAGUCUCUCUUCCCUCUUCCAAAACCACCUCGCUUCCAAUUAAAACCUCCAGCAUCUCUCCCGAAAGAAUAACAAUUAGUUUCAACAAGGUUCCGUUUUACCAUAGAAAAAAACUCUCUGUUGUUGGUAAACCUUUCACAAUCAGAUCCCAGGUCGCGACUGAGGCUCCAACAAAGGUUGAGAAGAUUUCCAAGAAAAAUGAAGAAGGUGUUAUUGUGAACAAGUACAGGCCAAAGGAACCAUACGUCGGAAGAUGUCUUCUUAACACUAGGAUAACCGGCGAUGAUGCUCCGGGAGAGACCUGGCACAUGGUUUUCAGCACCGAUGGAGAGAUUCCAUACAGAGAAGGUCAAUCCAUCGGUGUGAUCCCAGAUGGUAUUGAUAAGAAUGGAAAGCCUCACAAAUUAAGAUUGUAUUCAAUUGCUAGCAGUGCCAUUGGUGAUUUUGGAGAUUCAAAGACUGUAUCCUUGUGUGUGAAGAGACUGAUAUAUACCAAUGAUCAAGGGGAAGAAGUUAAAGGAGUGUGCUCAAAUUACUUGUGCGACCUGAAACCGGGUUCUGAAGUGAAGAUUACAGGACCUGUUGGGAAGGAAAUGCUUAUGCCUAAGGAUCCCAAUGCCACUAUUAUUAUGCUUGGAACUGGAACUGGAAUUGCUCCUUUCCGCUCCUUCUUGUGGAAAAUGUUCUUCGAGAAGCACGAUGACUACAAGUUCAAUGGUUUGGCUUGGCUGUUCUUGGGUGUCCCAACUGGCAGCUCGCUGCUGUACAAGGAGGAAUUUGAGUUGAUGAAGGAGAAGUUCCCCGAUAACUUCAACCUAGACUUUGCGGUGAGCAGAGAACAAACUAAUGAGAAAGGGGAGAAGAUGUACAUUCAAACCCGAAUGGCUCAAUAUGCUGAACAACUAUGGGAGUUGCUAAAAAAAGAUAACACAUUCAUCUACAUGUGCGGUUUGAAGGGUAUGGAAAAGGGUAUCGAUGAGAUCAUGGUGUCCUUGGCUGCUAAAGAUGGUAUUGAUUGGCUAGAUUACAAGAAGCAGUUGAAGAAGAGUGAGCAAUGGAAUGUUGAAGUGUACUGAUCUAAACACUUUUGUACAAAUAUCAUCAUCUUGCAUUGUUGUUGUAGAUAUGUAAACCCUAAUUCCUUUUCGGUAUUUUUGCACAUCGUUUUGUUUACGAGGGGAACAAUGUAUGCAAAAGUAUAGCAGAAUUCUCUCAUUCCCACCUUA